CUUUUGCACUGUAAAUUGUUUAAUCAUGUUUUAUUUUGCGAAUAUACCAUAUUGGUCAUUGGCCUUAGUUUUGUGCACAUUUUUCGUAUCAGCCAAACAUGUGCACGUUGAUAAUGAGUCGACCACCGUAUUGAUUGAUACAAAAGAAUUUCUGGACAUUUCCCAAAAAACGAACAAAGCAAAUUGCGAUGAGAAUGAAGAGUAUCGAGAAUGUGGCAAAAAGUGCGCAUUGAGUUGUCGAUAUCCGUCUUCAUCGGUGGAAAUUACAUUUUCCGAAGAUGAUUGCGAAAAAUUGGAGUGUGUGACCGGAUGCUUCUGUAAAGAUGGAUUAGUGAGAAGUGGCGAUAAAUGUAUUCAAAUUUCAGAGUGUUUGUAUGACCCAAAUAGAUCGGAGCGAGCGAUAAAGAAUUCAACAUUCGGUCAAGCAUUUUCAUAUUGGACACAAAUCGGGAAAGAAAAACUUGGAAAACCUUGUAACGGAUGUAAUACGACCAUUCAUAUUCAUAAUCACAAUCAUAUCAAAGCUGCCAAGCCGAUUGUUUUGAUAGUGAAUUUUAUCGGGAAAAAUGGGACAAACACAUCAACUACAUCAACCACAUCCACCACAUCAACCACAUCCACCACAUCAACCACAUCCACCACAACGGUCACUCCGAAUACCACCGAUCCUGUAGAAGAAACAACGAUAACUAUCGAUGUACCAAGUUCACCUGAAGAGCCUACGGAGGAAUCUACCACAAUUACAAUCGACAUACCCGCUGAAACAGAAGAACCUCCGGAGAGCACCAGUAAAGUUACUAUAGAGAUACCACUUACUGACCCGGUGGAUAAAAAUAGUUCAAAUGAUGAUGAUAAUAAUGGUGGUGAUGAUAUUAGUUUCACCAUAGAUGGACAGAAAAAAACUGCGGUUAGCAACGCAACGGAAAUAAGAACCACCACAACAGCAGCACCGAUAAAAAUGCCAACGAAAUCGAAACGCCCAUCAAAGCUAAGGCCGACUAGGACACCUACAUCGAAUAACAAAAAUACACUUCGAUCAGCUCCAAUUGCUUCUUUUGGUCAUUUAAAUCGUGAUGAACCUAAACCUGUGAGCACGAUACAAAACGAUGAUAUUGAGUCGGUAGCGAAACCAUUAACAGAUACUCAACUCAUGCAAAAAAUAUAUCGAAAUCUAUUCGGUUCAGAUAGGUUUCCAUUUUAUAUACCAGUCAUACCUUUUGGUUAUAAUUUUGCUUCGUCCGAAGAAACAGAGACUUCACAGACUCUUAAUGUCAAUGAAGAAUAAAACAAUUGAUGAGCAAGUCAUACUCAUUGUCUAACGGUUACAUUCCAUCGAAAUCAUUCUUAUUUAUUUAUCUAAAAAGUGAUUUGACCAUUAAAUUAAAACCGAAGUUAGUGAUAGAAUAAUGGAAACUAUUUU